AUGGUCGGUGCACAGGCUGUAAAGGGCAGCAGCACUAUAGAGUGGGGUGGGAGAGUUUCCCUCUGGGGUGUCAUACCGCUGUGGCGCGCCGCACCGCCGCUCGACACUAUACUGGCUUUGAGGAAACCAACACCAUCUGAUUGUUGGCCUUUUAGUGGAUCGACUGGCGAAAUUAUAAUAGAUGUUCCUCAAUACGCUCAAGUGCACAGUAUAAGUCUCGAACACAUAAGACCAGACACAGCACAAAGUGCACCGAAGGACUUUAUAGUUUACGGAAUCCUAGAAAACGGUACCUGGAUAAAAGCGACAGACGGAACAUACUGGUAUAAUAAGCCCGCGAAACAAUACUAUUCAUUAGACAAUAGCGCUCCCUUAAAACGCAUUGUUUUCAGAGUUCUGUCCAACCAUGGCAAUCAACAAUAUACUUGUGUUUACAGAGUUCAUCUUUAUAGCGAUUCAAACACUUGA